ACACACGCACAGACACACACGCACAGACACACACACACGCACACACACAGACACACACACAGACACACACAUUACGCGCACCUCGCCACGUGAUUGUGAGGGACAGGUGCACUCACUGACGCGCAUAUUCGGGGGAGGUGGAGCGGGGAGCCCUCGUGUGGCGGUGGCUGAACUGCCGAGGGGAGGCGAGUGGAGAGGAGGGGGGGUGCAUCGCUGGUUAUUAAAGGCAGCGCCGCGCCGCGUUCAUUCAUCGAGGCGCCGCGCGCAACCCGCGGCUCCUGGACCACCACGCGCCUUCGACGUGCGCCCCGAGACGCUCUGGCAGGACGCACCGAGGAGGGGGGCCGCACGGGAUGCUGGCGUCGAGGCCGAGGCCCCGGUGACCUCUCUCACACGCCCAGUGCCAUGCCGCGCGGCCGCGAUGCGCGCUCAGACCCCUGCGCUCGAAUCCGCGACUCCGGGAGCCGGCGGCGCUAGCGGCAGCGAGCGGCCCACGGAGCCCGCGGUCGACAUGCUACAGGAGGAAGACGAGGAGGAGGAGGAUGUGGAGGAGAUGGUGCUGGUGGGAGAUGGUUUGCCGGAGGCAUCCCCCGGUGUCCGCGCGGCCGCUGCAGCGGCCUCUUCCUCCGCGUCGUCUUCGACGUUCGCGCUGCCGGUGGAGCACAAGCGGAGCGUCCUGCAGGCGCCACCGGUGCCGGUGGUGCCGGGCCGCGCGUGGCGCUACCGCCGGGCCGCGCAGCGCCACGCGCGCUACCGGCGCCUGCAGAACGCCCUCUACAACGUGCUGGAGCGGCCGCGCGGCUGGGCGUUCGCCUACCACGCACUCGUUGCUGGAUGACAGGCGCGCGAUACCACCACUUCCCAACUAAGUUCAAUGGUGAAGGGGCCAGAUGACAUCGCUGGUGCACUCCAAGGUGAACAGGCGAUGGCUCCGACUCCCAGCCACGCGGCUUUACUGACCAGGCGUGUCCACCAUCAUGAAGAUCGAUGCAUCACACUGCCAAUCGCGCACACCCGAUGAAAUACUUGGAAAGCGGAGGAACCGAGAAGUGGUUGUGAGUCAGCGACCGGCGCUGCAAGAUUAUAUCCAGCAAUUUGGUAACCACUUUGUGGUCAAAUUCUUUCCAGACGCAUGAGAAGUAAAACAUCCGACGGUUGGACAUAGGCUUCUGGCGCUGUCCAAUAGGGAUAAUCGGCCUCGAAAAUCUUAAUUACGUUGAGAGCGUUGAUUGGCAUGGUAAAUAGAAAAAUCCGGCACCAGCUAAACAACAGCCCGUGGUGUAUGCAGGGCAGCGGAAUUAUGUGAAGGGUUGAGGGGUUAUUCAUCUAUUACUGCAUCUACAAGAGGCCACAAGGGCCGAACGAAAUCCCAACAAUUGGGUUCUAUCACGAUGCGCGAUUAACGUACACUGGCAUUGGCUGAAAUCGGAGCAUGACACUCCGCUGAUGUUUCUUCUCGGGUGCAUCGUAUUUGGAUUGCAGAGGUUGACGGGGUGGAGCUGCUGGCCACGGAUUAUACGGGGAGACGAGAGUCUGAAUAAGAGGCGGGAAGGCUUUUCCUCGUGCCUAUUAAUGUUGCUUGGUGCUGAGUGAAUGUGUGUGUGUGUGCACGCGCGUGGUAUUUUGGCUACGCGAAACCCUCGAGUCCGUCUGAGUCUUGAGAAUCCGAGCGAUGCGCCGCUCGCCUGGGGUUGCCUCAAACGACAAGCUCCAUGGAUUCCACGGCACAUUCUUGCCUCAUCCUGCCACAGGUGUUGCGUGGUUUAUGUGAAUAAAUAGAACUCUACAAUCGACCCCACGAGUGCUGCAUGAGAAUCGAUUGUCAUUUCUACACACCGUGAAGGAUAAUAACAUCGGCGCGUCCAUGUGCCGGCUUCUACUGCUAUUUGGGCAACAGUGGGCAGUGUAGAAAAAUCCAUCGUUGUAUUGCACUUCUGUGCUCCCCUGCCUGCACCACCCCGAACAUAUCUGCGUAGAGCAUCGCGGAAUAACUCUCACGGCCCGCACAGCGCGGGGAAUACCUCGUCCAGCAGUGGACUGACAUUGAUGCAGCGGUGGCUGCGUCUACAGAGAAGGGAUGCGUGGGCACGGGAGGCCACUCUGGGUGUGUGUGUGUCACUGCAAUAUUUAUAGCUUCGAAUAAUCCCCAAUGGAAUAGAGCCAGUUUACUGGACGACUCAUGAUCCAGAGGGACCUAGUUCAUAUCCUGGCCAAGGUCAUAACCAACUAUUCUUUGGUUCUUUCGGUAAAGUCACGUGACUUUACCGAAAGAACCAAAGAAUAUGAAUUUCUGCAGUCACGAAAGUUUUAAGUCAAAAGUCAUAACCAACUCAUUGCGGGGCCCGAUUCAUGCAACGUUUAUGUUCGUGCUUUUGUCGAAUGUCCAGCCAAUGUUGGAAAUUCUGCAAAAAAAAGUGAUCCCACCUCUUACAGGACACGGAUAUAGCGAGGUUAAGGCGCAGCCCCGCAAUUGCUUGCUUGUGCCACUGCUGGCAGAAUUAUCUCCACUAGAGAGAGAGCUCGCUCUAACAGAGAGCCCAACUGGAGGGGUUUUUGGCCUCCUCUUCCACCCCGGCCAGAUAUCUUGGAAGCGGUGGGAGUACCCACACUUUACCCCACCACACACAACCCACCGAUUGACUAUUUGCGGUGUACUCAUUGAGAUUGCAGGGCUGGUAAAAACUAAAAAAGGCGGAGGGGCAUUUGGGAUAUGUGCCCUUUGUUUCAGUAGCCAUGCCGGGAGAUCGAACUGGCAAUUUCUGGGAUUGCAGGCCAAGUGUGCGAACCAUUAUGCAACGAUAGCCACGGUGGUGAGAUGUUAAAUACCCCGCCUGGUAUACAGGAUGUCGUGGGUUUGAUCCCGAUCCUGACGCCUGCUGUAUAUUUGGAGUUUGCGUGCCUCGCU